UGCCGUGACGUUAAUUAUCUCUCCGCUUCGAAUCGAAUUUUUCAACAUUUCUGCGAAUUUAGAGAUUGGAUAAUGGCGCGGAAGCAGAAGGGGGAGGUGAAGCGGGGAACGCCGGCGGCGCACGGCACGGUGACUGUGAUGGUGGCCGAGGAGCAACAGCGGUUCGCGGUACCGCUGGAGUACCUGAGCCACCCUCUGUUCGCGGAGCUCCUGGAGGAGGCCGCGGCGGAGUACGGCUUCAGCCACUCCGGCGCCAUCGCCAUCCCCUGCGCGGUCGAUCACUUCCGCCGCGUCCUCCACAACAUCGAGCGAGACCUCCGCCGCCGCCGCCGCCGCCGCCACCCGAACUUCACUCUGCCCAUCACGAAAUAACUGCACGCGCCGCCUCGUAGGACUUCAACGACGGAGCGGAGCCGGCGAAUUUUUUUUUUUUAAUAUUGUCGACCUGUUUAGCGUUUACUUCGAAUCUUCUCUAGUUCUUCCAUUUCCUUUCAGUAAAUUCUACUUCCUCGAUUUCUGUAAUCGAUCUGCAAGAGUUUGAUCUUGAAUCAAGAGAAGAAACAAAAAAAAAAAAAAACAAAUUAUUAGCUUAA